AUGAGCAAUAACGAUAAAAAAACAAUUGAUGAGGAAACUGCACGCAUCAAAAAAUUAUUACAAGAUCAAGAAAAUGAAAUCAAAGAGCAAAAAGAAAAAUAUGAAGACUUGCUCAAAUUGUUUGACAAUGUGAAAAGUAAUGCAACUAGUGUUAUAACUGAAAAAGUACCUGAAAUCUUGAAGAAGGCACUCGAAGAUGCCAACAUCGAUGAUGAUGUGAAAAAAACAGUAACUGAUAAAUCCGAAGAAGUGAUCAAUAAAUUAAAUGAAAAGGUUAAAGGUGUUGGAGUAGAAGAAGAAACAAACGUGUUAAAAAACAUUCAAAGAAAAAAAAAACCCAUAAAUACAUAA